UUCGACGAAACUUCAUUCAUUGGAUUGGACUUUUUGACAGAUAUAUUUUUGUGCGGUGGUCUUGAGGAAAAAUUCUUGGAUAACAGAGGAACAGUUCGCAAAGUAUAACACUUAUGGUGGGCUAACUUGCUGCAGAGUGUGUUUUGGUAAAAAUCUGUGACCCUUAAAUCUCUCUGUUCGAACAAACAUCUGUGACAAUGUUAGAUUACUGCCCGACCAGUAGUGAAGGGGGGUCCACUGGGUAUCAGAAUCAGAGCCCGGGGGCUAUGGCCUCUCUUCUCACUAAUAUGAACUUUAAUAUGAAUUUGGACCAUACUAGCCGACAGAGUGCUUUCGUGCUUAGCAGUCCACCUUUGGCCGCUUUACAUAACAUGACAGAAAUGAAAGUGCCCACUUCUUCGGCCAUGCUACCCCAGGGCCAUUACUCACAGAGCACGUUAAAACAGCUGGCCAUCGCUGCCUCUCAGUCUUCCACCCCCCACGGGAUUCAGGAUAUUCUCAGUCGACCUCACCUGUUCCCUAGGCUUAACGCGGGGGUCUACCUGCCCCACGCCCGCUUCUCUAAGCCCCUGGCCGAGUUACCUGGCCGGGCACCCAUCUACUGGCCCGGUGUGCUGCCACCUAACUGGAGAGCUCCAGAAAGCUCCUGUCCUGUUCAAACUUCUCUAUCAGAACAAUAUUUUCAAGGACAGAGCAAUAUAGUUGUUGAUAAAGAUGGUAAAAAGAAGCAUACACGACCAACAUUUUCGGGGCACCAGAUAUUUGCACUGGAGAAAACAUUUGAGCAGACGAAAUAUUUGGCAGGUCCCGAAAGAGCCAGGUUAGCCUAUGCUCUGGGCAUGUCGGAGAGCCAAGUUAAGGUGUGGUUUCAAAAUAGACGGACAAAGUGGAGAAAGAAACAUGCAGCCGAAAUGGCCACCGCCAAACGGAAGCAGGAACAAGCAGAGGAAAUGGCGUCAGACGUGGACGAGGACAGUAGUGACGCGUCGAAGACGUCACAUAUGACGUCAUGUGACGCUUUAGACAGUAUCUUCCACAGAGAUCAAACUUUACCAUCGUGACCUAUGAGAUAGUGGAAUCGGACGAUUGGUUAACUAAACACUGUGUGAGAGAGUGGAACAAUGUGUUGUUUCAGAUGACGAGAAAAUUGCGGGAGGAAGCCGUCGGUGUGCCAUUAUGCCUGUGUGCGCCCCAAAAUCAGACAUGGGAGGUAGACGGAUAUAGUUGAAUGACUUGAUGGCGGUAGUGCCAUAUAAAAGCUGAUCCCAGCCCUGUAAAGGUGAUCAGCAGUGACAGUUGACACUCAUUUUGUGUGUGAGCGUUUUCUCAAAUUUUUUUUCUCCAAAAUAAUUUUACAAAAAUAUUAUGUAUGAAAGUUGUAUAUGAAUUUAAAUAUAUUUAUCACAAAUAAGCUUGCCUCAUGCGGACUCGAGGGCACAAAGAUUGCACUUUACUGCACGUGAUUCUUGAUUGUCCUUUUAUUCUACUCAUUCUGCCGCUAGAAACUGACACUGGCUUCUCUGCCCGCAGUAGCUUAUCUUGCCUGCAACACGCAAAGACAAAAUAUUUAUUUGAACUCCGAAAGUAUGUAUGAAUUGUACGGUGAAUGUGGUCGUACCUUGAACUGUAAAUUAAACUGAAUCUACCUGAAUGUUUAAAAACAGUCUACAUGUAUGUACAAUAAUCUUUGUUUUGCGGUGGUGUUUCUAAUAUGUUCAUGACUCACUCAUGAUCCCCUAUGUUUUAUAUUUAUUUCUCGAUAAAUGACGAAUAUCAUAUAAAAGAACUGAUGAAUAUAUAACUAAGAUUUACUUUUACUCUGUGAGCGGCCAGAUUUUGUCUCUCUGCUCCUGGAGUCAUGGGUUGGACCUUAGCGAGAUGGAAGUGGGGGUGGGGGAUAGAAUACUACCCGGUUUACCUUGUUACAAUAUUAAUCAGCUUUCAAAGCCGUUGUCAGUUGACAGCCUUUACCGUUGUUGACAUACCAGAUCUCGAGGCAUAUUAAAUUUGUGUCGGCGCUCAUGUUUUAUGGGUAUUAGUGUGACAACGCAGGUAUCAAGAGUGUCAGACUGUGAACUUUUAAUCUGUGAGCCUUCCAGAAAGGGGCGGGCAAUGCUUCUGGCUGCCCUAAACACGCCCUGGGGGUAAAUUAUAGAUACCGGAGCUAUUAGGCUCACCCGUAUGCCGCUCUGACCCCUUGUAUGAUUAAUAUAUGAGGAUAAAAAUGAAGUCGUCACUACUUGUCUGCCGUGUGUUCAACACAACCCACGAUCACUGUGUUUACCACAUACCAGAAACGCCGCAUUCGAUCUGUUACUGGGCAGUGAGUGGGGUUUUUUUUCUUCCCUUUUUAUGCCUCAUGAAAGUAUCAAUUGAGAUACAGGACAAUCCUUAGGACAGGGCUAAACUGAAACAGUAACCAGUAUGGUGAAGGUCUAUAGGCUAAACACGGAGUGAAAGGGGCAACAACCGAUCUUCCAGUCCAUCGGCUUACUGUCGGACUUUGGCGACAGCUCGUGGAAUAAGCCGUAUCACGUAAUGAAUGACACCCCCACCCCACCACCCACCGACUCUUCAUCCUUGCCUGGGUUUUUGUUUUUUUUUGCGGUGGGCCCCAAACUGAACAUCAAUUUGUCCAGAGGUGUUUUUUGUGGCAACCAUUUUAUCACUGCUCCCGAUCUCAACUUCUGCGAUCUUAUCAGACCGUAAUUUUCUUAGCCAAUUUGAAUAGAGAGAGGAAAAGAGGGCCCCUUAAUCCUAGCAAACCGGCCAUCAAACGUUUGUCUGACAAGAGCUUAACUGGCGCUCGGUCCACGUGAAUGGCAAGCCGAUGUUGGCGGAGAUAGAAAGGAUGAAAGGCUCCACGCAGGACCGGGCUGGAGCUUGGAUACCAGAACGGUUAUUGUAAAGAGGCCUUGAUCUCAUGAUUGAAGGAAUAACUGUAAAGCGUCGGUUUAAGAAGACCGUUAUCCCUGUAUGAUCUAACAGUAGGAUAUUGCAGUACGGCCCCCUAAUAACCAUAUCAUCAGGCAAGCCUAUCCGGAUCUUGGGCUACGUCCAAUCCCCGAAAACAUCGCUACAACAAUGGAGUUUAAUGAAGAGAAAGAAAAGUGGUUAAAACCGUGUUAGAUUUAUGAUGUUGUCUAAUAUUGUAUCGUGUCACUUCAGAGCCCACCAACAUUGCUACCGGAAGGAAGAGGGAUUGGUUAUUGGGCUAAUGACGACCAGACAAUAUGUCGAGACCCUGAGAUUUGCUUACAAAUGCCUCCACGGCUCUAUUCAAUUGGGCAGAUCAUGAGGCAAUUACAGGGGGAUCAGACUAGUACCUUGCUUAAUGCCAUCAAUUCGAGCCGGAAUAAUAAUAAAAAUAAUACCAGCCUAACCAGGUUACAAAACCGUUGACAAAAAAAUUCAAUACCAGUCAUGACUCGUAUUAAAGAAACACUACUUGACUAUCAUAUAUGGAUUGAUGGUUUUAUUUGUGGCUUAUAAUGGUCUCUUGCACAAAGAUUUAGAGAUUUGUUUUGCUAAACAGGACAUCAGGAACAUUUUGUGCAAACAUCAUUGGUUAAGAUUUAAUGAAUCCCACAACUCUUUAAUGCAGCGAAGGGCAUUUGCGUUAAAAUUGUCCAAAGACAUUACACGUGGCCAACUUGAACUAUAGUGUUGUGUUUUUAUGGUAUGCGUUUUGCUGCGAUUGGCAAAAAUCUCUAGUCAUCCUCUGGGAGCUUUAUAUUUUGUUGAUAGGGCGAAAUCUAACUGCCUUUUUCAGUUUCUCAGAUUGACAGGCUUUAUGUAUAUAGAUUUUAUGACAUUAUUUUUUUAUUAAUUAUUAUAAUCAGGUCGGUGUAUCGGUGUUUGACAGUUUAUGAAGUACAAAAGCCAUGAAGGUUUAAUCUUAAUGUUGAAUCUUCAUGUCUCAGAUCUGUCAAAUCUGCCGGUACACAACAGAUUGUCACUGUAUCAUUUCUAAUGCAAUCUAUAAUCCUGUAAUGUAAGCCCAAACUGUUCAUCACAAUUCGCUUUUCGGUACGUUUUAGCACUUAUACACACAACCCUCUACUACAUAUAAUGUAUAUAUCUAACAGAUCACAUAAUAUUCUGAAUGUGGUCAUUAAAUAAAUAUUCAAUGAGAUUGAAAUCAAA